CCGGGGGCAUGUCGCACCAGCCGUCCAGCCUGUCUCUCAACGACGUGGGCGCCCUGGAGCAAGCCGAGCCGGCCGCGCUGGAAGACGCGCGCGCCUCCUCGGAGCCGCCCCCGGGGACGGCGGAGGCGGCGGCGGAGGAGGAGGAGGAGGAGGCGGGGGCGGUGAUCGUGGACGUGGAGGACGUGGAGGAGGAGACGGCGGCGCCCCUGCUGGUGGCGCGCGGGGCCCAAGGUCACACCCCGGUCUACUGCUACGCGCCCGACGAGGUCACACGGCUCAUCGACUCCAGCGGCAGCGAGAGCGACAAGGACAGCGCGAGGGCAGCGCGCACCGAGUCCAGCUUCAAGCUGCUGCAGGAGGGCAUGGACCUGCUGGGCCGGCUGAAGAUCCACGAGGACGCCUGCAGGCAAAUUGAAAGUAAGAUGGGAAAUAUAGAAGCGAAGAUUGACCACGUGACAAAGACACACGAGGAAGAAAUUGAGAGACUGAAGAGAGAAGAAGAGGAUAUGUUCUCACAAGAAGCAUCCACUGAUGAUCGCCUUGGUCAGCUAAGAGACCGGAUUCUGGACUUGGAGAUAAGGCAGCAGCGGCUUUUGAAAGAAGGAGCAACACUUCAGGAAUCCUUCGCCGAGCAGUCGGAGCAGCAGGCCGUGAUCGCGCGCAGCCUCGCGGACAACUUCAGGCUGCUGAGGGCGUGCAGCGGCGCGGAGGCCGGCCGACCAGCCGAGGUCCCCUGCAGCCUUGGAGACGCCGUCGCAGCCGUCCAAGACCUCGCCUCCGGCCUGCUCGCGCUGGCGGAGCGACUGGAAGCCUCGCUGGCCCGGAGGAGCAGGGACAGUCGCUCGCCGAGGCUCGGACGCGACGGGCAGUCGAGGCCGCCGGCCCCGAGGUUCCGCACUGGCCACCAGCGGUAUUCCGAAGAAGGAACGUCGCUCUCCGCGGGAUCCCUACACAGCGAGGAUGGAGAGAGUGGUUCGCUGGUGGCCAGGCAGACCUCCGAGGACAUAGCUCACUUGCCGGCGCAGCUCGCGGUCAAAGUGCUCGAGCUGAAACAAGCGCUCAACCGAAUGUGCGCGCAAUCAGAAGCAAGUGCUGAAGACCAGACCGGUGAAGAUAACGCCGCAGCAAGGCCCUCCGAGGAGGCGUCCACCGCGACGUUCGUCGUGGAGGUCGGCAAGAAGAGGAGCGUCCCGCAGGCGGCCGUGCACGUCGACUCGGAGGGCAACAUGUCGCCGGUGAGCGUCACCAUCACGCCUGCCUUCUGGAAGAGGAGGCCGGAGGACGCCGGCGCCGACAGGAACGACGCCACGAGCUCGACAGCACGCGGCGACCCCAGCCCCGACCCGACGACGGGUUGCGCCGACGCCGCGGGCACAGAUCGUCCGGACGCGGCGACCAAAACAUCCCGGGCGAAGAGUGGUGGAACAGACGAUGCGCCAUCCGAGUGUAGAUCCAGCGACGACUCAAACAUAAAUCCCGAGGUGGAAAAUAAUGCAACUGUUGGUGAGACAUCGGCAGCAGCACCAGAAAACCAAAAUAAAAACGAGAAGGGCGCAUUUUCAAAAGAGUCCAGCAACCGGCUCAGCAGGCAGAAAAAACUGCUGAAGACCAGACGAGUGUCGGAUGUCCGCGUGGGAUGUGACGGACAGAGCGAAGGGAAAGCCAAGAUAAUAAGAAGACAAAAAGAGUGCGACGAAAGGUGCGAAAGAGAUUCCUUGGAUGGAAGUGCUCACAGGAAGGACGAUGAGAGGCAGCCAGAGCCAAGAACUUCGCUGCAAGACGUAACUAGAAUCACGCCAGAACUCACAUUCGAAGAAUACAAUUUUUCACGGCAUGGCUGGCCGUCAUCUUCGGAAGGGCCGAUUGUCAACUCAAGGACAACAUUUUUAGUGAACGACAGUAGAGGUAAAACCACAUCCAGCUCACCGGUAAACGUUUUCGUGCCGACCACGCGGAAGAUAUUCUCACCGAUCCGACGAGACAGCAAAGGAAAAACAUCAACCGUCAUCAGCUACGUUGUCGCCGAGAGCAGCACGGAACGUCCCUCGAACCUCCCAAAAGAACCGGAAUCAAAAGAAGAAGGCGACAAAGAGGAAAAUAAACUAUGCAAUGGGAUAGCUGCAACCCCUGCUGCGCGCAUUCUUCGGGAGAACAGGUCGCACUCGUCGUCGCCGUGCUUGAAAAGAAAGCAGCUGUGCAAACAGGAGCAGACCUGCAGGUCGAAGGAAGAGCUACGCGAAAGCCCCGGCGCGGACCGCGAGUCGCGGCCGCUCGCGAACGGAGCGGCAAGUGAGAGCGAGCUCGACUCCUCAGACAACAGCACUCGGAAGACGGGGGAAGAGAGGCUCUCGCCGUCGAAGGCCUUCCCGCCGCUGUCCCCCGGCCCGGCGAAGCGCGAGUUGAACAGGUCCGUGUCGAAGGAGACGGCGCCCAGCAUCCGGCUGAUGAUCGCGCGGUACAACCAGAAGCUGACGGAGCAGGAGGGCGCGGGGGGGAGGUCCCCGGAUGUGAGCCACAGCGGCUCCGGCUCGCCCGUGGCGUGGAGGUCUCCGGCCACGGAGCGCCGGGUGCGCCUGCAGACGGAGAAGUACCAGGAGGAGGUGCGCAAGGUCCUGCAGGCGGAGGUGCAGAAGUCGGCCAGCGCCGGGGUCAUCAGGUCGCCGGAGAGGAGAGAGGAGCACGCCAGACACCCGGUGGGCCGCGACGCGAGCUCGAGGAAGCCCCCCACGGCCGUGGUGCAGCCGCGCGGGAUACUGAAGUCGUCUAGCGCAGGGGCCAUCAAGCCGGCGUGCCAAGGGCAGCCCCUGGGGCCCGGGGUGCUGCCCCCGCCGGAGCAGUUCAAGGACGGCUCCCCCGGGCCGUCGAGCCCGUCCUCGCCGGAGCUGGAGGAGCCCUUGCGGCUGCGGCAGCUGCGGCUGCAGCGCGCCAAGGAGGAGUUCCUGUCGCGGGGCCCGGGCGGCCGCAGCUGGGCCAGCGAGGGCGGCGGCUGCCGGCUCAGCCACGUCAGCGUGGGCAGCGAGUCCAGCUUCGACGAGGGCCCCGAGGCGCCGGCGGCGGCGGAGGCGGACCCGCUGCUCGUCAAGUCGGCGAGCGCGGGCAUGAUCAGCGUGGAGCCGGGCGCCUUCCGCCGGCUGUCGGCCGAGGGCGAGGAGGCGGCGGCGGCGGCGGCGGCGGCGGCGGGCGCGCGCUCGCGCUUCGGCCUCGCCGGCAUCGCGUCGCGCUUCCGCAAGGUGAAGAUGCGGCGGGCGAAGGGGAGGGACGCGCCGGGCAAGCUCAACACGGUGUCCAUGCUGUGCCGGCAGUCGCUCCUGGUCGACCUGCACCAGGCGCCGCCGCCGCCGCCGCCGUCCAGCAAGAGCUGCCCGUCGUCGCCCGUGCUGCGGAGGUCGGGGCCCCCGGCCGGCGACGAGGCGGCCAAGGCCACCGGCAGCUGGCUGCGGCGGCCCGCCAAGAUAUUCAAGCCCAAGCAGCAGUGAACCACGCCCUGUUCCGGAGUCUGCACUGCCACAGCGACACUGUACCUCGGUGCCCUCCGCUUUAAGCAUCAUACGAACAAAAUAACAUUUUCUUCUGUUACAAUAUUUUUUUGCAAAUAUUUAUAAAGUGUUUUACUUCAAUGUGUCCUUUUAGAAGUAACAUUAGUUAAAUAUUAAAGCCUUAUUUAAAUAAGUACAUCUACUUAAUUUCUGCUUAUUUUAUUAACUUUGAUUUCUCUAGAGCCCUUAUUUUAUUUAAUGUAAGAACAUUUUCUUUCGUAAAUUUAUGAUAGGCCCAAUCAAAGGGUCAAAUUAUUCAGUUUGGUUGUGUUUGUAAUACCACGCGUGGGAGAGUGUAGCAAUAACUCUGUUCUUUGUUUUUUUUUAUACUGAUUGUGCUCUAAAUAGUGAGUUUCAUUUAAGUGGUGUGUCAUGCUUUUAUUUACAUUUUAUGUGUAAACUACUCGUCCUGCAAAGUAGCAUUUAUUUGCCAAGAGAGUCUUUCAUUUGUAGUGUUAUAGAUUUUUAUAAUAUAAUGUAGCUUGAAAACUGUUAAAUGUUUCCCGAAGAAAGUCCUAAAUUAAA